GCGUGCGUGCGUGUGCAGGGCCUCCUUUGUCUGCUGACACCCGCUCAAACGUGAGUUUAUAAAGCCUCUUUCCCAUUGCUGGCUGCUCACUAAAGGGAUCUUUGACAAGGAGGAAGAUGAUGAAGACGUCUGCUUGGCUGCUGGUGCUGCUGGUGGCCGCCUCGCACGCUGUGGCCAAGUCCAGAAAUCGCUUCACUCGCUAUCCAUCCUGGAACACCAAGCUUUACCCAAUCUGGAAAGAUGGAGACCUCCGUUACACAGACUCCUGGAAAGGUGGAAAAGUAACAUUCAAUGUCGCCAAUGACUCGCCAACUUUGACAGGAGCCAAAGUGACCUUCACCAUAGACUUGGAAUUCCCCCACAAUCAAAAAGUUCAGGCUGAUGGAAAUGUGGUUUGGGCACAAGACUGCAUUGUUAAUGGAACCAAAUACCUGGCGUCUCAGACUGUUUUCCAAACUCAGAAGACAGACUGGGAAGCAGUUUUCCCUGAUGGGACACCAAUCAAAAAGGACAAAAAGCCCAACUAUGUGUUUGUCUGGAAGACAUGGGGUCAGUACUGGCAAGUGGCAGACGGUCCCUCUUCCACUCUGACCAUCGACUCAGCCGACAUUCCACUGGGGUCCUUCACCAUGGACAUCGUCAUCUACCACUACCGGAGCAAGGAGAAGUUCAUUCCUCUCGGUUACGCCUCCACUCAAUUUUCCAUUACCGAUCAAAUCCCAUUUUCUGUCUCCCUGGACCAAGUGGAUGACAUCCUGGCUGGUGACAUGAGCUUUGUCCUGAACAGGGCCAUUGCCUUUAGCGUCAGUCUGCAUGACCCUAGCCAGUUCCUGAGCGACGCCGACAUCACCUUUAACUGGGACUUUGGGGACGACAGCGGGGCCCUCAUUUCCAGAGAACUGACCGUCACCCACACCUACGUGAGCUCCGGCUCGUUCAAGCCCCGCGUGGUGGUCCAGGCGGUGAUUCCAGACAAGGAUUGCAACCCUCCAGUGGAUACCACAACCAAGUCCCCUGCGCUGCCCAUUGAGCAAGAAAGCUUGGCACCUGCAGUCCCCCCUCUGGAUUCCAGCAAAGCAACUGGUUUGAGGACCAACGCAAUUCAUUCGGACACAGAGGAAGACAACAGUGAGGACGAGACCUCAACCGCACAGCCCGUCCAGGAAGGCGCGCCAGCGGCCAAUAGUCCCUCCCCCACCAACUAUGAGGCACACGCCGACUCUGUCUCUAACAUUUUGAGUGAGGAGGCGACGAGCGAUACAGUGAAGGAAGGUUUAAAGCGGCCAUCGUUAAUGACAGGUCGUGCCACUGUUGUCCUCGUUGCCAAAAGGGAAACAAAGGACAAACCCACUGAGGAUGACUGUGUGACAUAUCGAUAUGGCUCCUUUUGCGCUGAAAUUCAAGUGGUUGAGGCUGUAAAGAAAGUCGAAAUUGUCGAAAUGGACAACAGCAUCAUAGCAACACCAGGAAUGAACAACAAGGCUAUUGAUCUCACUGUAACCUGCCAGGGGAGCUUCCCCAAACAGGUGUGCAGCAUGAUUCUGGAUGCAGAGUGCUUGAAGCCCAUUCACACCACAUGCAACAUGGUGGAGCCCUCCAAAGAGUGCCAGUUGGUGUUGCAUCAUUUCUUCAACAACUCCGGCGUCUACUGCAUUAACGUGUCCAUGGCCAAUGACGUCAGCUUGGCUGUCACCAGUGCCAAAGUCAACAUUGACAUGGACUCGGGGCUGUCCUCUUCCAGCAUCAUCGCCGCUGUUCUAGGUGUCAUCCUCCUUACUUUGUCUCUGGGAGUAGUGGCAUUUUCUUACAAGCGCCUGAAGUCCUACCACCAGCUGAAGCAAGACAUCAUGGGGGCCAAGGACCCUGGGGCUGUCUUGUGUCACAGUGGUUCCUCAACAACAAUGCUGUGGAAGUUGCUCAACAGGCGAGGAGUGGUCGAUCAACGCCCCCUGCUGCAGGACAGAGUAGUGUGAAUCAGGCCCCCACCAGCAUCUCGACGACGUAGCAAAUUCUCCUCACCGCUCCCUUUUUGUACUUUUUUUAAAAUGUACUUUUUUUUAACAAUAAACAAAUGUAUCAGCUUCUUGUGAAUCAAAACAUGCCACUGAAUUAUGCCAAAUUUUUGUCCUUGAUAAAGAAAUUUUGCCAAUCAAAUCAAAGUAUUGAAUCACCACUGAGUUUGUUUUUUCCAUUAAACUUUGCUUUGAGCAUU